CGUAUAGAGGGGAGCAUGCAAUAUUGAUGCAUGUAGGCCUGCUCGUGUUUCUGUCACAGAGCGAAAACGAUGCUAGAUGUGCGUGCUCCUGUGGCACAUCAGCCCAUUAGUUGGGUGUCAGCAUGGUGCAGUCUCGAUGCUUCACAUCAAGGUCGAUGUGAAUUUUCCAGCUGCUGUAGGAUAAUAAGAUGCCUCCAGAUGGUAUAACCACUAGAGAGCGUGUGUGGAGGGAGCGCGCUCCAUUAAUGCACGGUAUAUGCGCAGGACAUAUCCGAUUAUCUUAUCGACAUCUAGGCAGAGGGAAAUGCGGCGUCCACUUGUGGGGAGACUGGAGCCACAGCAACAACCACCCCUGCAGCUGCGGCAAAAGUUAGGCGUAAUAGCUUUAUAAAAUACUACCACUCAUUCUUCAAGGGCAGGGCAGGUGCAAGAAAACUGCAAUGGUGAAGGCCAAUUCUACUCUGUAAUUGCCCCUGUUGUUUUAAUUGCCAGUUCAGCACCAUGGAGAAGUCAUGCUUAGGUCUGUUAGCAGGGAUUAGAGGUUUUUUGUGCUGAUGAUGCUAUAAUCCCAGUUGCAUAAUGACCUGAUCAACACUGAUAGGAUUCAUUUCGUUGUGGAGUCUUUUUAGCUUGAGCCAAAUAGUUUGCUCUAUGAUUUUUCUUUUCAGCCUCAAGCUUGGAUGCUUCAUGCUGAGAUGAGGAUGCUGAUGAUGACAUGUUUAUACUGGGCGUGUAGCACAGCACUGUCAGUGUGCUGCCUCUCACAUAUCCUGUACUAAUCAAAUAUAAAGCCUGUAUUACUAAACUGAGAGCAUCACAUUCACACUUAAGGAGCUCACUUCUUUUAAAUGAUGACAGGGAUGAAAAGAGAUUUGGUGUAAUUCAGAGCUGAGAGAAUCAUAAAUUAUAUCAUUAUAAUAUUGAUAAAUACAAUCAACAGCAUUUUUAUGUUGUAUUGAUGGAUACUCUCUAAUUUACUGGUGUUAAAUCCUGCUGUUGUACAUUUGUAUUAUUACUGUAGGGCUGCGAAUAACAGAUAUUUCCCUAUUUCUUAAUCUGCCAGAUGUUUUCUUGAUUGAGAAUAUAUGUUGAAUGCACACUCACCAGCCACUUUGUCAGGUACACCUGUUCAGCUGCUUGUUAACGCAAAUAUUUAAUCAGCCAAUCACAUGGCAACAAAGUUAAUGGCAUAUGCCUAAAUGCAUAUUUACGCAUGCAGACAUGGUCGAACCAGGCUGUUGACAUUGAAACUGAGCAUUGGAAUGAGAAAUGGGGCUGAUUUAAGGGACUUUGAAUGUGGCAUGGUUGUUGGUGCAAGGCAGGCUGCUCUGAGUAUUUCAGAACUUGCUGAUCUACUGGGAUUACAGCCAUUUCUAGGGUUUAUAGAGAAAAAUGGUCAGAAAAAGAGAUAAGAUCCAGUGAGCGGCGUUUUUCCUUGUUGAAUGUCAGAGGUUAGAUGAGAAUGGCCAGACUGCUUCGAGAUGAUAGGAAGGCAACAGUCAUUCAAAUAAGUACUUGGUACAGUCUAUGCAUAUAGAAGAGCAUCUCUGAAUGCACAUGAUGUUAGUCCUUGAAGCGGAUGGGUGACAGCAGCAAAAGACCGCACAAGGUGCCACUCCUCUCAGAUAAGAACAGGAAACUGAGACUGCUGCAAAAUAGGGUCUGAAUCUGGAGUAAAAAACAUAAAAGCAGCACCAGCAGUGGUUCCAAGUAUAUUUUCCUGGCACGCUUUAGGCCUCUUAGUGCCAACUGAGCAUCACUUAAACACCACAGCCUACCUGGUUACUGUUUCUGACCAUGUCCAUCCUUUUAUGACAGCAGAAGAACACACCAUAUCACAAAGCUCAAAUCAUCUCUAACUGCUUUCCAGAACACAACAGGGAGUUCACUGUACUCAAAUGACCUCCACAGUCACCCAAUCUCAAUCUAGUAGUUCAGCUUUGGGGUGUGGUGGACUUCACAUUAUGGAGGUGCAGCCAACAAAUCUGCAGCAAAUGUGUGAUGCUGUCAUGUCAAUAUGGAUCAAAGUCUCUGAGGAAUGUUUCCAGACCCUUGUUGAAUCCAUGCCAUGAAAAAUUAAGGCAGUUCCGAAAGCACAAGGGGGUUCAGCUCUGUACCAUUUAGGUGUACCUUAUAAAGUGUCUGGUCAAUGUAGACUAUCAUGUCUCUAUUUAAAAUUUCUCGUUUCUGUCAACUGUAGACUAUCGGUAAAAAAAAUAACAGAAAAAAAAAAUCAAAUAGUUACAUUCGAGAGGCUGGAACUCGUUAAAUGCCAGUAUUUACUUUUAAUUAACAGCUGUAAUCAUUUUUCCACGAUUAAUUUCUAUCGGUUCAGCUGUGAAGUACUUUCUGACUAAUUUAGACAGUUUUGUGUUGUUGUUCUUUGGUUCUUUACUGUUUUUCAAGGCAGCUUCUUGAAGAUACUGUUUAGCAAACUAUAAAACAAUAACAUAGUUUAUAGAAAACACCACAUGCUACAAUCUGAAAGCAGGCAUGGGCAGCAUUUUUGUCAGCAUUACUUGUGCCAGAAUUUUUAUAAUAACUUUUUAGGAUGUUAUAUUUCAAGCGGUGUGUGAGAGAGCUAGACUAGGUUAAGCAGAUGACUUUCACCCGCAAGAGAAGAGUUUAAAUUGUGUGUGAAGGCAGACUGACUUACAAUAAGCCAGUAUGGAGCAUCUGCAUAUGUCUGUGCUUCUGUGGUGGGAGGUGCUAAGAAUAGAGAGCAGUGUUGCAGAAGGAAGGCUGUGUGUCUGUAGUUUUACUGCAGCCUUCCUGUUCUGCAGGACAUCAAGACAAAAUUAGAGCAGGCACAACGGACCAAGAUCACAGAUAACAAACACCAUCAAAGACAAAUGGACUGAGAUGGUGCAUGGCUUAGGGUAGUGGGCUAAAGGGGCCAGUUAUGGCUCAUGGAAAGAGGCCAGGAUCCAUUUCCAAAAUAUUGGUACCCGGCACUUCAUCAUGCCCCGGUCCUGGACAGAGCAAAGAAGAGCGGGGAGGUUUGGUGAACGAGGCGACUGAGCAACCACCUUGUGCGCUGGAGGAGGAUAAUAAUGACCAGCUGACUUCUCCUGUUUCUGCAAAUCACUAUUACAUGAGUUGUGACCCUAGUCCUGAGGACAUGGAGGACACCUGCUCUGAGUACGACAACGUGGGCUCCGAUGUCGAGCAGGACUAUGAUGAGGUUCUGCAUUUGAACAGAGAGGGCGGUGUGGACAUGAGGUAUUACAAGCAGUACUGUCCUGAGGACGGUGGCUAUAUAAAGCAUGCUGUCAGUGAUAAUAUUAAUGAGAACACCAGUGCUCCUGACCAGAUGACUCCGAGGCCACGGCAUGGCACAGAAAUAUGUGAGGGAUCACAAUCAGACGCUAAGCCGAGUAAGAUGAGCCAUCGCUUCAGGUCGCAUUGUGCUCCAGUUGCUGGUGAUGAAACAGAAGGGGGAGUUAAAAAGGGCCAGGAGGACAGGUUCUUCUUCGGUGAUGGAGAUGAGAUAGAAGAGGUGCUAGAUGGGGCCAAAUUUAUAGAGGAUUUAGAGGAGACGGAGGACAGUAUUCAGAGGCAGGCUAGCCUUUAUCAGGGUAAUGAGAACGAAAGAAUUAGGAAGGGGGGAGAGGAACGGCAAAGAGAAGGUGACGUCCGAGUCACAAGGAACCCUAAUGUCCUAGGAGCCAGCAAGAAGUGUGAGCCAUCUCACAUAGAUUCAAAGGAGAAGGAGCGGCAGGGUAAAGGGCGAGGAAGGAGGGGAACAGGAGAGGGCAUCGAGCAAAUUGCCUCUGGGAUCAAAGGAUGCAUGGCCAGCAACACUGAGCAGCGUCCAAAGACUUUGCCCAGGGACUGCAAAAAAGUUGCCGUGAGGACCAAAGCUAGGUCCAGUUCCAGUAAGCAACACCCUAUUCCCCCACCUCGCCACUCCCAUGCUCAGCCUCCUACUGAAACCCAGAAACCCCAGCCUCACAGAGAGCCUCCUCCUGUUCCCAGACCCAGUAAUUCCACUGCUAACAGCCGGGAGAAUGAACCCAGGGUUAUCAAGCAAUCCCUGGCUCCUCUUCACACACCAGAACAACAGAGGGAGUCUCUCGAGGAGAGACAGAGACGGCUAGAGAAACCCCAGCAGCAGAAUGAGAAGCUCAGCCCGGCUGCAAUACCUGAGGAGCUGCCAGAGCAGGCGACGAGGUCUCAGUGUCCAGAGCCUGUCUCUGCAGAAGACAGCAACACUCCCAAGAAAACACAGGAAGCUGCUUCGUUUCCCAGCUUUGAGGAUGUCCCAGGUCCCUGUGAGCCAGAAGACCUUAUUGAUGGGAUCAUCUUUGCUGCUAACUACCUUGGCUGCACUCAAGUUUUGUCUGAUAAAAACCCAUCCAAGAGUGUCCGUAUGUCUCAGGCUCAUGAAGCUGUCAGUCAAAUCAAGAGCCAAGAUGAAGAUUCUCAAAUGAUGACAGAAGUGGACCUGUUUAUCUCCACUAAAGCUGUCAAAGUACUGAAUGCUGACACACAGGAAACAAUGAUGGACAGUGCCUUGCGAACCAUCUCCUACAUCGCAGACAUCGGCAGCAUUGUAGUUCUGAUGGCACGGAGGCGCAUGUCUCAGGCCUCAUCAGAGGAGCUCUCUGAAUCUUCGGACUCCACCAGCGAAGGGAAGAGCCAGUACAAAAUGAUCUGCUAUGUCUUUGAAUCAGAGGAUGCGCAGCUAAUCGCACAGUCUAUUGGUCAGGCGUUCAGUGUGGCCUACAGAGAAUUCCUGCGAGCCAAUGGCAUCAAUCCCACCGACCUGAGCCAGAAACAAUACAGUGACAUCAUCAGCUCCCAGGAAAUGUACCACGAUGACCUCGUUCAUUUCUCAAAUUCAGACAACUGUAAAGAGCUGUAUAUAGAGAAGCAGAAAGGCGAGAUCCUCGGCGUGGUAAUAGUCGAGUCUGGCUGGGGCUCCAUUCUGCCCACGGUCAUCCUGGCCAGCAUGCUGAACAGUGGGCCCGCAGCGCGCUCUGGAAAACUCAACGUGGGCGACCAGAUUAUGUCCAUCAAUGACACAAGUCUCGUGGGGCUGCCACUGGCCACCUGCCAGGGCAUCAUUAAGGGUCUGAAGAACCAGGUGAAGGUAAAGCUGAGUAUUGUAAGCUGCCCUCCUGUCACCACCGUCCUCAUCAAGAGACCCGAUCUCAAGUUCCAGCUCGGCUUCAGUGUUCAAAAUGGCAUUAUCUGCAGCCUGAUGCGAGGCGGUAUCGCUGAGAGAGGCGGCGUUCGUGUUGGACACAGAAUCAUUGAAAUAAAUGGUCAGAGUGUCGUUGCCAUGGCACACGAGAAGAUAGUUCAAACCCUGUCCAUCUCUGUGGGUGAGAUCAACAUGAAGACGAUGCCUGCUGUGAUGUUCAGACUGCUGACGGGACAGGAGACGCCCGUCUACAUAUAGAGGACCCUGCAUGGAUCAGCCCCACUGUAGCUCUGCAUGUCUGGCUGCGUGACGACAAUAAGACAGGUGGCUCAGUGGGACGAGGAGAAUUUAUUUUUCUAUCAUUUUAUUUUUUUUGGCCUGUUGUCGCGACGCUGUAAAGAACAUCCGUUUCUCAUUUUCCCAGGUUUUAUCUUGAAUUACAUCGUCAUAAUGGCCUUACAAUGUGAAUACUCUGUCUGUAGUACUGUACGUGAGUUUAUGGUGUUGAAGGAAAGUAGCUUUACGGUCAUGUUUAUUUUCUUAUGAAGAGAUAAAUUAGUACAUUUAUUUUUUAUUUAGUCAUUUUUAUAAUGUGUAUGGAGUUUAAAAUUGUACUUCUACUGUAAAUACUUUGGAUUUCUCAAGGACUUGAUUGGAAAGGCCAUAUAACUUCUGCAGUAUAUGCAUGUGAUAACGAAGAAUACGAUUUACUGACCAGGGAUUCAUUCUCAAUCCAACAUGUUAAUCUAUUACAAUUAGUAUCAAAAGAAGAUAAUAAGAUGCUGUACAAAGGCACUGAACUCUGUGUAUCGUGGUGACGCUGAAGGCCAAAGACACUCUUAAUUUUCAAGGACAUACAGUAUAUGGAUGAUCAUUACUUUUACCAGAGCGUACAAGAAUGUAUCAGAAUAUACAAUACUGAAUGAAUGUACAGUUAUAACACACAGAAAAUACAGUUUCACUGCUGAGCA